GAGUGACGAACCCGGAAGCAAAAGUAAACAACGCAUAAGAAGAAGAAAAUGGAUUUUAGUGUUAAUCAUUCAAACCCAAACCGAAUGUGGGACUUUUUCGGUGCUUCGUUGGUUAUGGAUGAAGAUUUUGUAUCCCAAUAAAGUCACAGAGUCGUUUAGAGGCAGGCUGAAACCCGAUUUAGCGAUGUUAGCCAUCAGAUCGUCCGAGGAGGAGUCGGCUGAGAUUGAGGAGAUGGACACGUCGGAGCCCAACUGGUGCUGGUUCUACCUGGCUGAGUGUGGCGUGUGGCACAUGUUCGAGAUUGAUCCCAGCGCGGCCUGCUCGGUGACCAGUGCUCAGAUUGAGCAGUGCUACAACAGGAACCAGCGAGGUGUGAUGGAAUUCUACACAGCCAAGUACACCUACAGGCUGGACUUCUCAGUAAUGCGACAGAUAAAUGUAACAACAGGGAAACAGCGGCCGAUCAAGCGCUCCCUCCACUCCGCAACUGGUUUCAGGUUUAUUUGUGAUAAUCUCGCUUUGCCUGUUCCCUGUCACUGGGAGAGGAUCAAUACAGAUGAGCCAUAUCAGCUUAUCCAGCUCGUCAGAGACACAUAUGAGUUUAAAGAAGUGGCCAGGCUCUACGAACGGACAAUGGAUCAUCCAAUCAAAUCCAUCCAGAGGAUUCAGAAUCUGGAUCUGUGGGAAUUCUUCUGCAGGAAAAAAACCCAGUUGCGGAAAGUCAAACGAACGUUGGAUAUCGAGGAGCGGAUGCUGUUUCACGGCACCGGGCACAGCAACAUACAAGCUAUAUGUACGUUUAACUUCGACUGGCGGCUGACGGGAAGCCACGGCGACGUCUAUGGCAAAGGGAGCUACUUUGCUCGGGAUGCCAAAUACUCCAGCAAGUUCUGUCACACCACAGGGAAACACAACAACACGCUGCACAGACACGGACUCGCACCGCCAAUAUUUGCGAGCGAGCCCCCCUAUAAGACCAUGUUCCUCGCCAGAGUGCUUGUUGGAGAAUACACAGUGGGCCACCCCAUGUACAGCAGGCCGCCCUCCAAGGAUGCCAGCUUCACCAACUUCUAUGACAGCUGUGUGGACGACAUGGCCAAUCCGAAGAUCUACGUCAUCUUCGACAGCAAUCAGAUUUACCCCGAGUAUCUCAUCGAGUUCUACUGAUGGCUCACAUCGUUUUUUUUUCCUUUUUUUUAAACAUUUCCAAGAUGAGGCUGGAUCUUCGAUGCGGAAACAUUCAACACAUUACCAGAAGAAGAUCUGAAUCGGAGCUUCAGUCAGCCUAAACUGGAGCGCGGAUCAUCUAAAGUGCCUUUGGAGAAACCCGAGAAGCAAGAAAGUAAAGAUGCGCUGCGUGUACGUGUACGAUGCAAAAACCUGCAAUCUUCCAAAAUAUAGAUGUCAAGUUUCCUGUCACAAUAUUUCACAAGUCUUAAAUGGAUCAGGAGUUAGUUUGUAACUCUUGAACUGUGAAUUAGUCGGCGGGCAGAUUUUUAUUUUUUACUGAAAAAAGAAAAGAAGUACAUUUUUCUUGUCUUGUAAGGGAAAAAAAAUAGGUGGUUGGUUCCAGAAUUCCUCUGCAGGGAAGUACAGUAACAUAUAGCCAAUGUUAUCGGUAUCGCAGACGGCCUUCCUGCAGAUUUCCACUGUACUGUAACGUUGACCGGAAACUGGACAGAUAUAUUCAGUAGCAUUGUGAGUUUUUGCUGUGCGUCAUUUGUACACUGUACAGUUGAUUAGUCUGACUCGACCUUGUGGUCGGAGAGUUUCUGAGACAGGAAAGUUUAAAAUACUGACUGUGGAUCAGUCUUUGUGUUGGUUUUACAUUAAAAAAAAAGAAAAAAGAAAAGGAAAAAAGAACCUGUGCUUGCUCGUUCAGUAUGUGUUGAAAAUAAGCGUGGCACUUGCAGCUUGUAGAGUAUAGGUGAUGUCCUGCCCUUGGCCUCCUUUUCCCACAUCCGCAGUGCCGAACAUUUAUGUAUUUACAGAACCAAAAACACGUUCUCCUGUUUUGAUCUGUCACAGUCUGCGUGCAUUUCGUACCUUUUACUAUACAGUCAUCAUAAAAUGCUUCUACCUCCACAUCUUUCUUUCUUUUUUUUUUUUUUUUUUAAAUCCAUGGAACUUUUUCCCCUUUCCAUGAAAGGCCUUGUUAUUGUGUCACACUGACAUAAACCUGUGAUGUUGUGUUGACUCGUUGUUCCUGAGCAAUAUGUUUCUGUGUAACUUUUCUGACACGACUGAGCUUGAAUUUUGUAACAAACAAGUUAAUUAAAAAAAAAAACAACAACAAAAGAAACCUUUCUGGCAUCCUGUUGGAA